GGCCUUAUCUACUACCCCAAUAUAAACACUAUCUCCUCCGUUAAUCAAAGUUCUAGAGACAGGGAGCAAGACACAAGCAAAAAACAAAAACAAAACCCAUCAAGAAGGAGAGUGAAGGAAAUUAAAGAGGGAGACACAAACACAAACACGCACACGAACCUGAAACAUGUUAUCCCCAGAAGACCCAUAACCAAGCCAUGUCCAAACCCAGACAUCCACCACCAAACACCAUCGCCACUCUCUUCCCCCCUCUUUCCGCCGCCACUAAUGCCGUUGUCCUCCCAUUGAGCACUCACAGCCACCCUCACUAUGUCUCACCCGCACUCUCCACACCACUGUGCUUCUGCAGUUAACAGCCUGUACUGUGGUGAGGAUGCCAGUGAGGUGGUCCAGCAGGAUGCUGACACGUGGAUCUCCAGCUACCAUCAAUCCCCAUCGCCAUCCACCAUCCCUUCUCCACCAUCUGAUGAGAAUACAAUCACCAAACUCAUUGACUCUGAAUCUCAGUUCAUGCCUUUGUCUGACUAUCUCCAUCGUUGCCGUCACCGUUCCAUUGACACCACGGCCCGCCAAGACUCCAUCAACUGGAUCCUCAAGGUGCAUGCCCACUAUGCCUUCAGGCCAUUAACGGCGUUACUCUCUGUUAAUUACUUCGACCGUUUUCUUUCAUCCUAUUCUCUUCCGGAAAAUGGGUGGCCGUAUCAGAUACUAUCAGUGGCAUGCUUGUCUUUAGCAGCGAAAAUGGAAGAACCCGACGUGCCAUUAUUAUUAGACCUUCAAGUACUCGAACCCGGAUUCAUAUUUGAACCCAAGAACAUUCAAAAAAUGGAGCUUCGAGUCAUGGCCUAUCUCAAUUGGAGAUUACGAUCUGUCACUCCAUUCGAUUAUCUUGAUUACUUCAUUUCAAAGCUCCCUUCUUGUUCCUCUACGAAUCCCGACAAUUUCAGUCGGCUCUUGAAAGAUUCAUCGGAUCUCAUUCUCAACACCACCCGUGUGAUUGAUUUCUUGGGUUUUACACCGUCGACGGUGGCAGCGGCGGCGACGAUAUCCGCUGCCGGCAAGAGUUAUGAUACUAUACCAUGGGAGGCUGGUGAUGGGCAGUUCUUUCAUGAGAGAGUGAACAAAGAAAUGGUGAGAAGCUGUCACCAACUCAUGGAGGAAUACCUGAUCGACACAUGUCCAUUGUCUCGGCAUAAGGUGAUGUCGGCUGAGGCCUCAGUUGAGCCGGCUAGCCCAGUUGGCGUGCUCGACGCAGCUGCUGCUUGUGGGAGCUGUGACACGCGUUCCGAGAAUCCCAUCUCGGCUAGCAGCCAAGCCCCCGAAACUGAGCCGAUUAUUAAGCGGCUAAGAUCUUCUGCAACGGAUGUACAGGAACCGUAGAUAGACCAUUACCCAGCACCGCCAGAUACUCUCUCCAAUUUUUAUUAUCUUUAUUAGAGGGAGACUUCUUUUAUUUUUUUUCCUAUUUCAAUGCGUUGAUUAUAAAAUGAACGGACGGGAUUGGAUAUGAAUUAAGGGAAGAGGGAUUUUAUCAUCACUAUAUAUUACUCGAUUGAUUAAUAUUCAUAUAAGUUUAUUUACUA